AUGGAGGGGUGCAUAUUCUGCACGCUGUAUCGGAAGGGCGCCAACAUCAUCUACGAGACAGACAGGCUUUUUGCAUUGAUCGACAGAUAUCCUCUGUCGAAGGGACACUUCCUGGUCAUUCCAAAAGCUCACCAUCCCUAUCUGCACAACUACAAGCCAGAGGAGCUGUCUGGAGUGCUCGACACAAUCCGGCAUCUUGUUCAGAAGUUUGGCUUUGAGAGGUACAACAUUCUUCAAAACAACGGGAACCACCAAGAAGUCUUCCAUGUGCACUUCCACGUCAUUCCCUUUGUUUCGGCCGACGAACGCCUAAUGAUCAAUUGGAAGGCAAAGUCUGUCAGUGACAAGGAAUACUCGGAAAUGGUCGAAGAAGCAAGACUUAGGGUCUCCUCGUAG